AUGCCUGACACCGAUGGCUUGAUACAUGCGUCUACGCGUAGACCUCUUGCCCCCAAAGGACCUAGUAAAAUUGGCAAGCGAGUGGCGAGAGGCGGUUCAGCCCCUGUCAAGAAGCAACGUCGAUCAUAUUCGACCGACGAAGACAUUUUGCUUGUGAAGUUGAAAGAGGAAAUCAAUCUUUCAUGGGAGGAAAUCACAAAACACUUUCCUGGACGCAAGUCAUCUUCGUUGCAGGUCCACUACUCUACCAAAUUGAAAUCACAAAAACCUAUUCGAAGAGGUGGACAAGAGCGGAAAAGGGCAAAGCGCGGAAGACAUACACGACGGGCUACAAAUGAUUAG